AUGGGCAACAAAUGCGCGACGAACCUUGCCCAUGUUGUUUUGCUCUUUUAUUGAAGUUUACUUUGUUUAAAUCGAUAGCCUCUCUUAAGAAAUGGCGCCAAAAAAAGCUAAAAAGGAAAAGGCGAAGAACCCUCCCGCCGCACAAGGUCCGGAAGCCAAGACUUGGGAGAGUGAUCUUGCUAACGCACAGUUUGAAGAGGAGAAAUGGCGAGCCUGUGUGUGUUUCAUGGUCGGAAGAAGUCCACAUGACGAGGACCUAAUUCCCACUUUGAUUCGAGCUGUGCAGCCACCGCAACGCAAACUUUUUAGCGCACUGACAUGGGAACACACAGCAGCAAAGAUUAUAGAAUAUGGGAAUCCCAAAGCUAAGAAACGUGAACAUUUCCCUAAAUUUUAUGAGGUGACCGAGCGUGCAAAGGUGCUGCUCGACGCAAAAGAGGAGAUUCCUAUACAGCUGAUGGCACAAAUAGUCAAGUUUAUGUUCCUGCAGAUCAAAGAUAAUGACCAUCAGAGGAGAAAAGCAAAACAAGCGGACGAGACGGCUGUGAGCACCAAGGACAAAGCAGGCCCCAAAGGCAAAGGCAAAGGCAAAGACAAAAAGCCAAAGGAGGAGCCACCCCCCAAGGCCCAAACAAAGCUUAAACGGAGGGAUGAAGUUGAGCCGCCUAAGUACAUAGACGACGAGCCAGUCGACGGCCCUCAACACUACAUCCUGCUGCUUGGCUUUCACCAGCCUCAAUUGGUGGGGGCGCUUGACGCUGCGGGCGUGCGCGUGUCCAACGUCAUCAGUUUGAGUUCCCCGCACCCACCGCAGCAGCAGGAGGAGGAUGAGGAAGAGGAGGAGGAUGAGAACUCUAAGGCCAAUGCCAAAUUUGAUGAAACUGCUGCUAAAGAGAAGUGGGAUGCUCAGGCCAAGGUGCUUGACCACUUCUGGUCUGGUUUGAGACAAGUGUUAGACAACGCCGCAGGCAACUCUCAACUGCACAACGUGGCUCAGCUGGAUUAUAAGGUCCCGGAUGUCCUGAUAACAAUUGAUCCGGAGGAUCCCGAAGCUGUGAUGGGCACGGCGACCCAAAUGUUUGAGGGCGUGGCCAACUUAAUCUACGACUGUCUGGACUGGCGCAGGCAGCACCAGCACUACAUAGACACCACCCACUUCUUAGCUGUGCCCACUGUAGUCACGGUGGACCGCUCUCUACCUCCAGAGCCUCCACCAACUCUAUCGCCACCGUCCAAGAAAUCAGGGCGCCCUCCUCCACCAAAGAAGGCGACAUUGUCUCUCACCACUGAUGUGGACAUGCAUCACUACAGCAGCCUCCUGGACCACGUGCCAGCUGAGGCCUGCUCGGUGCCGCUGAUCUUGCACUGCAUGCUGGAGCAGGUUGUGUUGUCGAGUGAGCAGUUUCUUCAGCCACUCGUGUCUGAUGAGUCAGGGCCUCAGAAUGUCCCCCCUCUGGACCAUGAGCUAGUUGGUCAAAUGCUCAACACAAUCUUGCCUCGGGUCCACGCAGACGAAGAGAGGAAACACUUGCUGCAAAGUUUGUUGACCACAGUAAACAGAGAAGAGGACAAGGAGAUCAUUAAGGAGAAGUUUGACAAAGAAGAGACUCCCAAGAAGCCUGAGCAACCUGUGAUCAUUAGACACCAUGAUGAAAGAACACUGCGCCUAUUUGGUGUAAAUGGGGUUCAGGGUUUUGAUCCACCCCAGGUGGAGGCAUCCAUGAUGAGGUGGUCACCAGUAUGGGAGCUAAUCGAUUCUGUGGCUCAUAGACAAAAAAGCUCCUGCUGGAGGGCCAUUAAGCAACAACUUCAGCACCAAUGCACUGACGAGGAAGUGUCAUGGCCACAAGUGGAGUGCUUUUUUCACCAAAGUGUGUUUGAGAGCAUGUGGCUGACUGGGCUGGAUGAAAACGGUGUCCUGAGAAAAGAUUCUGGAGCUCUGAGCAUGUUCGACACAGUACAAAACCACCCCCUAAACCCAUGGGACAACCCCCUGUCUUUUGCCAAGAAAACUCUGCGCCAGAAAUGUCCAAAGUUUGUACACGAAGACUAUGCUACCACAAAGGUCAGCGAGCGACCAGAAAGUCAGCUGUCCCUAGCAGAUAUUCAGAGUUGUCGACUAAGGUCUCUCUUGGACUGGCACUAUGUGGAACACUACGAUGCUGCCAUCUUACUACAGGUGCUUCAGUCAGCUUCUCAGCAAUAUCGCUGUGUGGACACUCUCAGAGGAAGUCAUAAUAAUGUCAUGUACAUCUUUUGCCACAAUCCCAUAAGUCCUAAUCGCAUGUGCACAGAAUUCUGGAAUGUAGACCUGCACACGGAUGUCAAGUUCAGGAUAUACUUGGAGCAUGUAGCAGACACCAUCACAGAGUGGAAUGAGAAAGAGGAGCUGAAGAGACAUCAGAUGAAGAUCAACAGAGUUAGCACUACAGAGAGUUCAGGAGACUCAGCAGAAGAUGAAGCGGAAUCAAAGGAAACGUUCAUCACAAAAGACUCCAUCAAGGCUUCCUUGUUGGAGGAGGAGAAGCAAAAAGAAGAGGAAACCAAGAAAGGUAAGAAGCCAGGGAAAGCAGCGCCAGCCAAGGGCAAGAAGCAGACGGAUGAAGUGAAGUCUAAAGAUUCCAAGAAAAGUGACAAAUCUGCGGCGACUGCUAAGAAAAGCAAAGCCGAAAAGGACAGUAUCUCAGCAUUGACUUCAGACCCGUCCCUUUCCAGUAGACCUGAUCUCAAAGACGAGCCCAGCACUGGAUUCACAGGCUUCCAUAUGGAUGGGAUGUUGAUCCAUUUGUUGGGUCAACUCCAGUACCUCUUUCCAUCAGAUGGGGGUCACAUCACUGUGGAGACCAUCAACUACGUGGAAGGUUCUAGCAUGUUGAAAGUGGCUGUGAGGAAGGAUGAUCAUCAUUUCUACACGCAUAUCAGCCAUGUUGUCCAAACAGCCAAAAGUGAUGUCAAAGACGCCACACCAACAGAACAUCCUGUGAAGAUGACCGCAGUGAAGCGGCGCUCCUUCUCGGCCCUGCUGGAUAACGGUGUCCAUCUCUCCUAUAGUUUCUAUGGGCCAACGGGAGAAUACAAAGAGAGUCACAAGGAAACUGAAAUAAAGCCACAAAAGGCCAUGGAACCAGUGCAAGACCUGAAUCCCUCUGUGGCAGAAACCCCAAACAUUGACAACGACCCUUCAGAGGUGUGUGAAGGCCAAUCACAAGAGUCCUUAAUUCCAUUCAAGAGCCUCAACUUGUCCCUCCCAUGCGGCCUACUGUUGCAGUUUCUGCGUGACGAAGAGGAUCCGAGUAUGCUUGUGCGGCUGAGUUUUCACACCCCGGGCCAUCAGGACCCCUCCCUUGCCAAAGAGGCGUCUCGCAUUGUUACCAGCCAUGGAGCCGUGAUCCGAUACAUGAAGGACGGCUCCUCAGAGUUGCUAUUUGCAGAUGGUUCAAUCAGUUCCAGCUCGGACUCUGGUCCAGUGUGGGUGCAGGAAAUUGACUGCAGCUCCACAGAAGAGCAAAAUGCAGAGAAGCCGACUCCUCCUCCUCGAGGUUUUUGGACAACAACGACUCCGUCUGGUGCUCGAAUCAGUACCAUUGGUACCACACAAAAAUAUAACCCAACUACCCCUCUUCUAACAUACAAUAAAUCAGACCCGGUGACUCAAGAGAUGAUGCUGAGCCGAGAAGAUCUAGUGGUCUUAGUGCAGAAACCAGACGGAUCUUUGACUGUUGAACAUGCAGAUGGAACCAGGAUCACCACGCUCUACCAUGACAGGCCACCGAACAUGUGUGAUGACAGGGGGCCUGCUGGGGAGACUGAGGAAGGAAGCACUGACUCACAUUCUUGUGGUAGCAUGCCCUUCAAAGAGAAGGUGGUGUUAGUGGAGAACGAGUCUUUCGCCACCGUGGUGAUGUACCCAGAACGACACAUAGCUGAAAUCUGGUUGGCGGAUGGGACAAUCAUCACUGGGAAUAACAAGGGAGCCUAUCAGGUGGUCCCAUCCAGCAUGGGGCUCCUGCAGAUCCAAAGUGACGGCAAGUUUGUUUACUCCAGCGGGCCCCCUCAGAGUGCCCACUCCUCUUUCAUAAUGAGCCACACAGACCAUGUGGCCUGUGACUUAACAGACCUCCAUGGAAACCACUUCCAGGUAUUGGAUGAUGGCCAGGUAACAGUCCAUAAUGUUGGCCCAGAUCCAGGCACGCUGCAAGAAGAAGAGGAAGAGAAAGAGGAGGAGGAGGAGGAGGAGGAAGGGGAGGACACAGAAAUAUCUAUGUGUCAUGGGAAGCCCAAAGGACAUUAUCCCAGGCUCUUCUUGGUGCAUGAGGAUGGAUCCGGUUCUGAACUUCUGAAUUCUCAAACUGUGGUGGAACUGCUGGACCAGGCUCACUUAGACCCCACUGUGGCUCUGCUGAAGGAUCCACUACCAGACACACAAGAUGAGUUCGGCAUCACCUUCCUGAAGCCCAGCAACGAGAGCGUGCGCUCCAAAUGGGUGCAAGAAAAGCAGGACCUUAAUGUCAUGCUUCAGAACUUUAGGAACCGCAGUUCGCAUGAAUUUCCCUUUGUCGAGAAGAGUUCAAGUCCUUUAGGGACCACCACAGUACGAGGUCUGACCCUGGGAAACUGGGUUGGUCGAUCAUCAGUAGCCAUUGUAGCCAUGCAGAGCUGCCCUAAGGUCCUGGAAAUUAGGGAAAUUUGCCAGCACAGAGCCAUCACCAGAAGGUUUAAGAAUAUUAUCGAUAUGCGACUGAAGGGCUACAUUGAGAGUUUGAUGGAGAAGGCACAGUGGUCAGCAGAUGUGAUGCUCAAGGAUCCUCGCAGUGAAGAGGAGCGUGUCCAUGCAGGUGUUCUGCUUACUCAGUCUCUUAUAGAGAUAAAGGAUGAACACCCCCUUGAAAACAGGACCCCAGGAGAUAUUGGCAACCUGUACAGUCAAGCCAUGCAAGCGCCAGCUGAGGUGUUGGAUGAUUCUGAGGAUCUCGCUAUUGCACCAAGCGCCAGCUGUGAGGUCAAAGAGACAAAGUGGACUGACAGACUGGAGCAGCACAGACAGGAGCUGUUUGAGGUGAAAUAUUGCGUCGAUGCCCUGAAGAAGAAGCUCAUUGUACCAUACUUCCACCCAGAAAACGUAUCUGUACACCAGUGUCCCGAAAUGUUUGGCCGGACAGUACAUUUGUUAAACUUUGAUUUAAUGCUGCCAUUCUUUUUUUCUCAGAAUCUUCUCCACCUUGAAAGUCCAGACAUUAGGAGGCCAAUCUUUGAAACCUUUCCCAGGCCAGACGAUACAGUGGAAGCAUUCCACUUUGAUGUCCUACAAAACUACACACCACAACCCUCCAUCCCAACACCAACUCAUUCUGCCAGUCGGGCAGCAGUGAGGAGCAGGACCCCUGCAAUGAGACCUCAAACUGCAGGUCACAGCAGUCGGACGGACUACUAUAGCCCGCUCAGGUCAUCCCAGGUGAAUGUGAUCGGGGAGCCCAGACGGACGAUAGUGAGACUACCGCCAACAAUUGUCAGCUCCAAACCCUACAGUGUGCCAAAUUAUCACUUCCACUCUGUGGAGGAGCCGGUGCGGCGCAGGUGUCGUACCAUUUCACUAGCUGGUCCGGGUGCUGUCAUGAGGGGCUUUGAGCUCCGACCGUCCAGCGUUGACUUUGGGACACAGAAGGAGGGAACAUCCUCUGCUAUCACCGUGGUGAUGAAGAAUGUGGGCGUGGACACCUGCAGAUUCCACAUCAUACAACCUCCCACCUCUUCAGGCCUGCGUGUCAAGUACCACCCAGGGCCUGUGCCUGCAGGUUUGCACAUUGAACUGCAGAUUGAGCUGUUUGCCAUGUGUCAGGUCCAUGAAGGCAACAUGGACCCCAGGAAGUACAUCUUCCAGGACAUUGUCAUCCGCACAGAAACUGACAUCCUCUAUCUGCCUGUCAUGGCCAUCAUCCUGCCUGAGAGCUUGUAUGACAUUCGGCUGAAGGAUCACUCUAGUCCAAGCAGCAGGAAACACUUCAGGCAGCCCAAACAGUCCUCCAGCCUUCCAGCAGCUCAGGGACUUGGACAGACUUCACCCAGUGCACGAGGGGUGGGCGCUGCAGCACACACAGGGCACCAUAAAUGCAACGCACGUCUGUGAUGAUCAGUGCAGUCCAUUGAAAGAUGAGUAAAGAAAAGCUAAUAAAGAUUUAAACUACUUUUUUUCAAUAAUCCAAAUAAUACAAAACAAAAUUAACCAGGUUUGAAUACAGUAUGUCAAUAAAACAAUGUGGGACUAAUGUCAAACAUGUCAUUUCCUAAUGACAUAAUGUGUUCUAUAUUAUGUCAUUACGAAAUGACAUGUUUUCCCCAGACAUUCCCCAGGUAUGACCUUUUAGGAUUUUCUAUGCAUCUAUGUAUUUACACAUGUGGGAGAAAUUGUUGAUACCUUACAAACACAUGAGACUAAAAGCGCACCGGAUUAUAAGGCGCACUGCCGAUGAGCGGGUCUAGUCCGGUCUAUUUUCAUACAAAAGCCGCACUGGAUUACAGGGCCCAUUAAAGGGAUCAUUUUUAUUUUAUUUUUUUCUAAAUUGAAAACACUUCCUUGUGGUCCACAUUUGGUUCUUUGGUCAAAAUGUUGAGUAGGUUAUGUUUUACAGAUCAUCUUCAAGCCGCUUUCUGACAGUCGCUUCAGGAUGCGCCAUUUUGUGGGCGGUCUUAUUUACGUGACUCACCGUCGGCAGCGUCUUUUCUCCGUCAUCUUUGUUGUAGCGGUGUAGCGUGCAAGGACGGGAGUGGAAGAAGUGUCAAAAGAUGGAGCUAAUUGUUUUAAAGACACUCAGACUUUACUUAAAUCAAUAACGGAGCAGCAUCUCCUCAUCCGUGGCUCACCGUCCGACCGGAACAUUUCACACAUUUCUCAACGAGCUAUUGUAAGGAAAUUAGGGAUUUCACGAUCCACGGUCCGUAAUAGCAUCAAAAGGUUCAGAGAAUCUGGAGAAAUCACGGCACGUAAGCGAUGAUAUCACGGACCUUUGAUCCCUCAGGCGGUAUUGCAUCAAAAAGCGGCAUCAGUGUGUAAAGGAUAUCACCACAUGGGCUCAGGAACACUUCAGAAAACCACUGUCAGUAACUACAGUUUGUCGCUACAUCUGUAAGUGCAAGUUAAAACUCUACUAUGCAAGAUGGACUGAUGCAAAGUGUAAAAGUGUUCUGUGGUCUGACGAGUCCACAUUUCAAAUUGUUUUUGGAAACUGUGGACGUCGUGUUCGCCGCAAAAAAGAGGAAAAGAACCAUCUGGACUGUUAUCGAUGCAAAGUUCAAAAGGUUUUGGAGCAAUAUAUGUUGCCAUCCAAGCAACGUUAUCAUGGAUGCCCCUGCUUAUUUCAGCAAGAAAAUGCCAAACCACGUGUUACAACAGCGUGGCUUCAUAGUAAAAGAGUGCGGGUACUAGACUGGCCUGCCUGUAGUCCAGACCUGUCUCCCAUGGAAAAUUUGUGGCGCAAUAUGAAGCCUAAAAUACCACAAUGGAGACCGUUGAACAGUUGAACAUCUUAAACUGUACAUCAAGCAAGAAUGGGAAAAAAUUCUCCCUGAAAAGCUUCAGAAAUUGGUCUCCUCAGUUCCCAAACGUUUAAUUGAGUGUUGUUAAAAGGAAAAAUGCCCCUGUGCCAACUUUUUUGCAAUGUGUUGCUGCCGUU